GCCGGUCGCGCUCGAAAUUUGACAGAAAUUUGUGUGAAUUUUCGGAAUUUUCCGCCAAACCGGACCCAGCAAACAAGUUUCAAUCGUUUUUACAUUUCUGGUAAUUGGUGUUGCUCGAUUAUUUAGUAAUUUUACGCGUUUUUUUCGCAUUAUUGUUUUCAGUUUUGUCUCGAUUGUUUGAAUCUUUAAAACAAUAUUAUCGUUAAAAAGUAUUAGCUGAGCCCGACAUGCAAAUUACGCAUUAGUGAUCGAAUUAUAAAAUCCAUAAAUCGGAACCAUGUCAAAGGAUAUUCGUUCAUUCUUCAUUUCCGGGCCGAAGGUAAAGAAACCGGAAAUCCCGAAGGAAUCAGUCAAGCGUAAAGCGAUCAUCGAUAGUGACGAUGAGGGUCAGGAAACCCGUCACAAACCAUCUGCUCCGGUGUCCGCGGAGAAAAGUCAUCACACCAAGAAGCGUCGGGUGAUCGAUGAUUCGGAUGAGGAGAAAAGUCCGGUCAAGGCUAAGUCAUCUUCUGGAAGUAAGAAACCGGAUUUAAGUAAGCUGAAACCCGUUAGUGCGGCCGAUGUUUUCGGUUCGGCACCGGUUAAACGGGUUGAAAUUCCCAAACCGAGUAAGAAAGCCGUUCGGGAGGAGAUUGAAAUCCACUCGGAUGAGGAGUUUGAAAAAACUUUGAGAGGGUUGGAUGAGAGUGAUAUUAUUCCGGAAACACCCCCGGUUAAAAAGGAAAAGGAAUCCUCAUCCAAAGAAAAGAAACGCGAUGAUGAUCGGAAGGUCAAGGAAAGUCCUUCGAAGAAGGGAUCUUCUAAAGAUAGCCCUUCGAAGAGCAAUAAACAUGAUGAGAAGAAAUCGAAGGAUAGGUCGUCUAAGGAAAAGAAAGACCGGGACGAUCCUAAAACAAAUGGUCAUGGAUAUGGGGACAGCAAGAAGAAAGUUCCCACUCCGGAGAAACAAAAAUUAGAUCCAUCGCCCGAAAAGCAUAAAGAGAAGUCUAGCUCUUCUUCAGAAAAGCUGAAAAAGAUUCCCCCAAGUCCAUCUCCACAACCCAAGCCGAAGGAAAAACCAAUCAAGAAAGAAUCAGUAAGUAGCGAAGAUUCCAGCACUCCGAGAUCUAAAAAGAAUGAUCUCAACGAAUCUGUCCUUACCGAUGAAGAGCGUUUCGAACGGAAAAGAGCCUCCGCAGCGCUCUACAAAAAGUUCAUGGCUCGUGCUGGUCCUGCCAAUCCGGGCAGCAAAGAAAUACCGGAAGGUAAACCAAAUUGUUUGGCCGGGCUGCAGUUUAUCGUAACCGGGGUGCUCGAAUCGAUGGAACGGGACGAAUGUGCCCAAGUCAUAAAAGACCUUGGUGGCAAAGUCGUUUCGAGUGUUUCCAAGAAACUUACUCACAUGGUCGUGGGCGAUGAUGCUGGACCAGCAAAGUUAGCCAAAGCAGAUGAACUAGGCAUUCCGCAGAUCAACGAAGAUCAGCUGUUCGAUUUGAUACGGGAGAAAUCCGGGCAACCUGUGAAGGGAUCCUCUACUUCUUCGUCCCCACAGGAAACCAAAAAGAAAAUCAAAGAGGAGAUGAAAUCUCCCUCUAAAGAGGACAGCAAGAAGCGAAAGAAAGAUGACGAGAAAGCCAAGGAAAAGCACACACCGGAGAAGAAAUCUUCAACAAAUGGAAUUAAAGAUUCCAACCGAUCGCCAGUGUCCAACUCGCCGAAAGCAAAGCUUCCCAAGAUUCCGAAAUUGGAAAAACGUUCACCCGAAGAUCCAAAACCGAUAUCCACAAUCAAACUCGAAAAGAAAUCCCCGAAAAAGUUCAACUCUGAUCCGGUUGCCCCGAUCAAACGCGAAGAAACGACCUACCAGAAAGACAUCCAAAGCACUGACAAUAUGGCCUGGGUGGACAAAUAUAAACCGACGUCCAUCAAACAGAUCAUCGGUCAAACGGGAGCCGCCAGCAAUGUGCAGAAGCUGGUCAACUGGUUAUCCAAGUGGCACUCGAAUCACGACGGCAAGAAGAAACUUCAACGACCGAAUCCGUGGGCCAAGAAUGAUGAUGGAUCCUUUUUCAAAGCAGCACUGUUGAGUGGUCCGCCGGGAGUGGGAAAAACUACGACGGCCACCUUGGUUUGCAAGGAGCUCGGGUUUGAUGCGGUCGAGUUCAAUGCUUCCGAUACUAGGAGCAAGAAGCUGCUCAAGGAUGAAGUAGCUGAGCUGUUGAGUAACAAAUCGUUGUUUGGGUACUUUAGUGGUGGCAAGGGGGAAAAGGUUACUCACAAGCAUGUGCUGUUGAUGGAUGAAGUCGAUGGGAUGGCGGGCAAUGAGGAUCGUGGUGGAAUUCAGGAACUGAUUGGGCUGAUUAAGGAUAGCCAUGUGCCGAUCAUUUGCAUGUGUAACGAUCGAAACCACCAGAAGAUGCGUUCGCUAGUUAAUUAUUGUUUCGAUUUGCGGUUCAACAAACCGAGGGUGGAGCAAAUUAAGGGAGCCAUGAUGUCGGUUUGCUUCAAAGAAGGUCUCAAGCUGGCUCCGGGAGCACUGGAAGAGAUUAUCGCAGGAACUGGGAAUGAUGUGCGUCAAACUUUGAAUCACUUGGCUUUGUACAGCGCCGGUAAAGCUUUGAAUGCGGAAAGCCUAACGGUAGACAAAGCUCGAAAGAAUGCCGAAACGGCUAAGAAGGAUGUUAAGAUGGGUCCGUGGGAUGUAGUAAGGAAAGUAUUCUCGGCAGAAGAACAUAAAGGCAUGUCCAUUCAUGACAAGUCGGAUUUGUUCUUCAAUGACUACAGCAUGGCGCCAUUAUUUGUGCAGGAAAAUUAUUUGAAAGUUACACCGAAAGUUCCUAAGUCGCAGGUCAUGGAUCAAAUCGCACUGGCGGCUGAUAGUUUGAGCCGUGGCGAUUUAGUCGAUAAACGAAUUCGGUCCAACAUGGCCUGGUCGCUGCUUCCACUGCAAGCAAUGUACAGUUCCGUUUUGCCGGGUGAAUACAUGGAAGGUUCUUUCACCUCUCAAAUCAACUUCCCUGGAUGGUUGGGCAAAAACUCGAAAGCUACCAAGAGGAAGCGAUUGGCUCAGGAGAUUCACGAUCACACUAGAAUCAGUACCUCCGGAUCAAGACUUUCGGUGCGGCUAGAUUAUGCACCAUUUCUGUUGAAUGCCAUCGUCAAACCGUUGAAAGAUCACGGCUCGGAAGGGGUAUCUCAAUCAUUGUCUGUUAUUAAAGAAUAUCGUUUACUGCGGGAAGAUUUAGAAUCUCUGGUCGAGUUGACCUCAUGGCCCAAGAAAAAGAGCCCUAUGGAUGCCGUCGAUGGAAAGGUGAAGGCAGCAUUAACUCGAGCUUACAACAAAGAAGUUGGUCCUUAUAGUUACUCAACGGUUAACGCUAUUAAGAAGAAAAAAGCCGAAGCGGCUGAUGAAGCGGUGGAGGGAUAUGGUGAAGGGGAAGAAGAUCUGCCUCCAGCUGAUUCUGAAGAUGAGAAGGAGGACGAUGAUCUGGAGAAUAACGCGUUCAUUAAAAUCAAGAAGAAACCAGCUGGUAAGGGAGAAUCUUCUUCGGGUGCUGGGAACAGUAAAGCAGGUGGCUCAAAAGGGAAAGCUGGAAAGGGCAAAAAGUAGUAGGAUUGGGUGGUAUUCUACAGUGUUUUAUUUUUAAAUUUUUCGUCUUUUGUUCCGUGGUUAUUAUUACUAUUAAUGUGGUAAAUAUAUUGCAGUUUUGCUGUUAUCACAAUAAAA